ACAUGUAAGAGGAGCUGUUCCCCGUCUAAGUUUUCUCGCCCAACAGUCACCCUUCUCCUACCUCAAAAAUCAUAAAAGGGAACCCUUUUUUUUUUCCUCCCCUCCUAUUUCUUCUCUGAUUAAGUUUUUUUUUUUCUUCCUUCAAGAUUGUUUUUUUUUUCAUUUUGCUCUUUAUCGCCAUAGCUCACCUAGCACGAGAAGCUGUACAGUUAAGGUAAUCUUUCAUUUUCCAAUUUAUUUGUUCGAAGAAACAGAGAGAUGAACCACCGGGUGAUCCGUGACCAAGCCCAGCCCGUCAUCUGUCCGAAGCCACGUCGGAUUGGUCUCUUCCGUAACCCAGCCACCGUCCAUGACCACUACUACCACCACCAUCCUGUUCGGUCUCCCAGGUGUCACUUCAGCCACCAAAUGGAGCUAUGUGAAUCCAAAGAAGAGAUUGAUAUAUUGGAUAUGAUCCUGGAUGGAUUUGGUCGGGAAGUAGAAGAUGAAGAUGAAGCUCAUACACAAGUAAUAGGAGAACCCGAAGACGGCUUCUCGACGCCGCCGCCCUUUUUUUGCGGGUCGCCGCCGAGCAGAGUCGCUAAUCCUUUAACAAAGGAUGCUCGUUUUAUAGACGACAUUGGCAUCACAAUGAUUCAGCAGCCGCCCUCCCCGAGGAAAGGCUGCAUCCGCGGAAAUUUCAGGAAAGUAUCCGCGGAUGCAGCGGCGGCGGCAGCGGUGAGGAUAGAAGGGUUCGAUUGCCUCGACAGGGAUAGCCGAAACUGCAGCAUUGCUACAUUGGCUUGAAAACCCUAAUCGCCCCUUUGCUAAUUAUAUACCGAGAAAUCUGAGAUAUACUUAAGUAGAUAGUUUUACACAGUGUGAGGUAUUGAUGAGAAGCUGAGUUUGUUCUUCACAAGAUUGAAGAAUCGUUUUUUUUUUCGGUGUAAAUAUUUUUUUUUACUGACGGUAAGUUUGUAGUGUUUUGUCUGAAGCGUAUGUAAAAAAAAAACUGUAAAAAAGGGAAAAUGGGAAGAUUGUAAAAUAUGAGGUUCAUUUAAAAUC